AUGUCUAACAAAAUUGAACCUGAAGUUAUUGAUAAUUCAAAUGAGAUGAUUAAUUGGAUUGAUGAAGCUAUUACAAAAAAUUACCUUAAAUAUUAUGAAUAUAAUCAUUUUUAUAAUAUUCAAGAAAUUGGUUUCGGAAGGUUCGGAAAAGUUUAUCGUGCAAACUAUAGAAAUUCUUGUAAAGUAUUGAAAAAUUUUUUUAAUUUUGAUAAUGUCACAGUUAAAGAAAUUGUUAAUGAACUUAAACUUCAUCGCCAAAUGAAAUCUUAUGAGAAUAUUAUUCAUUUUUGUGGCGUUACAACAAAAAAUCGAAAUGAUAAUUCAAAAAAGUAUCAAUUGGUAAUGGAAUAUGCUGAUGAUGGUACCCUUCGUAAUUAUUUAAAAGAACAUUUUGAUAAACUCACUUGGAAUGAUAAGUUAAAUCUGGCACUUCAAUUGGCUCGUGCUGUAUUAUGUUUACAUGAUGAAGGAAUAACGCAUCGUGAUUUGAACCCUAACAAUGUAUUAGUUCAUCAAGGUAUUAUCAAAUUAUCAGAUUUCGGAUUAUCAAAAAGAAUUGAAGAAUCGUUCAAUCUUCAAUCAAAAUUAUUUGAUAUGGUUGUUUACGUUGAUCCAAAAGUUUUUGAUCAAAUAAGAUACAAUUAUUAUCAAUUGCAAACAUACUCUUUAAAUAAAAAGAGUGAUAUUUAUAGCAUUGGUAUACUCUUAUGGGAACUAUCUAGUGGUCGCCCACCUUUUUGUAAUGAACUUUUCAAUACAUCCGAUCUUGAUCUGGCUUUAGAAAUAUUACAGGGUCUUAGAGAGAAACCUAUUCCUAAUACCCCCGAAGAUUAUUUAAAACUUUAUACUGAAUGUUGGGAUAAUGAGCCAGAUAAUCGACCAACUAUCAAUGAAGUUAUUACUAAAUUAAAUAUAAUUAUUUCAAAUCAAUUAUUAAGUGAACAUCAAAUUAGAAACGACAAUAAAAAUGAGAAAGUGAAGGAGUGUGAUAAAUAA